AAUACGGGGGUGACAAUUUUGUUUCAACGAAGUACCCGGAAGUAAAACUUUGGCGGGAGUUUCAGUAAAAGUUUAUAUUCCUAUUUUAGUUGAUCGAUAAAUUAGGCGACUACUAUAAAGAUGUUAGCUGCGGAGAAAAAAGAUGCUGUACAAAAUGGAAUCAACGAAACACACCAGAACGGUACUAAUGGUGUGACAACAGAAAAUGGAACACAACAGAAUGAUACUAAUGGUGUGACAACUGAAAAAGGAACAAAUGGUGUCACAGAGGCCAAGAUUGCCAAGCUCAUGCCCGUCAAAAGGCAUGAUGAAUAUCAAUACCUGGAUGCAAUUCAACACAUUUUGGACCAUGGUGCUAGAAAAGAAGAUCGUACUGGGACUGGAACUCUUUCAGUGUUUGGCCAGCAAGCCAGAUACAGCCUCCGGGAUGAUGUGUUUCCUCUUCUGACCACAAAGCGAGUGUUCUACCGGGGUCUUGCUGAAGAGCUAUUGUGGUUUAUCCGUGGCAGCACCAAUGCCCAGGACCUCAAAGACAAGAAUGUUCACAUCUGGGAUGCAAAUGGAUCAAGGGAGUUCUUGGAUAACUUGGGUUUGACGCAUAGAAAAGAAGGAGAUCUAGGUCCAGUUUACGGUUUCCAGUGGAGACAUUUUGGUGCUGAAUAUGAAGACAUGUACACUGAUUAUACUGGAAAGGGUGUCGACCAACUCAAGUAUGUGAUAGAAAAGAUAAAGACAAGCCCUGAUGACAGGAGGAUUAUCAUGUCUGCUUGGAACCCACCAGAUCUUCCAAAGAUGGCGUUGCCUCCAUGCCAUGCCUUCGUCCAGUUUUAUGUCGCCAAUGGUGAACUCUCCUGCCAACUUUAUCAAAGAUCUGGAGAUAUGGGCCUUGGAGUGCCAUUCAAUAUUGCCAGCUACUCGCUACUCACAUACAUGAUCGCACACAUUACAAAAUUAAAGCCUGGGGAUUUUGUCCACACCAUCGGUGAUGCCCAUGUCUACCUGAACCACAUCGAGCCACUCAAGGUUCAGCUACAGAGGGAACCACGUCCAUUCCCCAAGCUCUUCAUCAAGGGGACUGUUACGGAUAUUGAUGAUUUCAAAAUGGAGGACUUCGAUCUCGUUGACUAUAAACCGCAUCCAAAGAUUGCUAUGGAUAUGGCUGUGUAAUACUUAAAACUUUUCUUGGACAUUCAAAGAACUUUGGUUCUAUUGGGAGUUGUUCCUAAUACUCAUUAGAUAUGACAUUCUGUCCUGUCUGAAAAUCUGUCUCAAUUGCAGGUGCCUAUCUCAAACAUUUAGAUUCUUUAUCGAUCACUGCCUAAACUGCCCUGCCCUAGAUUUUUAAUCAUGAAUAAAAGGCAAACUGCUACUGACUGCUACUGACUGCAACUUUCAUUAGAGAGGGGUGCAUUUAAAUAAUAUUGUAACUCAAAAAUGUAAAUCAUAUGUUAUAAUUCUUUCAGCUUAAUCUUUCAAAUCUUGAAA